AAGUUUUGAAACCGGUUACUCUCAAUGGAGAUGAGAGUAAUUCGCUCAAUAAAAUAAAUAAAGUAAAAACUAAAAAGUAACUUUGGAGUGUAAAUUUUAUUCACUAGCCACUUUGAUAUUUGGCAAUGAAUUUUAUCUUUCAUUCAAUUUUCAUUUACAUUUUUUUUUUCUAUCAUAUCACCUUUUAAUAUAUUUAGUUUUUUUUUUCUAUCUCUCUCAAAACAGGGUGUGAAAUGUGAAUUGAUCAUUUUUCAAUCCCUUUGCAGUUCAUGCGAAACCAAAACUGAACUCUGUCCCUUUACUCAGUGAAAGUGGUUCCUCCGAGUUAAUACGUUGUUGUUCCAACUUCCAAGCAAAGGUUUAAGAUAUUGUUUCAUAACCCUCAGAACCGCGAAAAAUGCUUCCUGGAUCCAGUGCUACAAGAAGAAGCAUAUCAACUUCCCCUCUUCUCUCUCAGAGAUUAAAGCAAACAGAAAAUGAGAUUGUCAAAAUGUUUAGCAUGCCUAACCCCGAAGAAGAAGAAAACCACAGCAUUCCCAUGAGAGGAGGGAGCAGCGUGUUGAGGAGAAGCCCCAACAAUGCUCGGGUAUUGGAUGAGAGAUUCAUCAGGAUUUUGAAAAUAUUCAAAUGGGGACCUGAUGCAGAAAAGGCAUUGGAAGUGCUGAAGCUGAAGCUUGAUGCACGCUUGGUUCGCGAGAUUUUGAAGAUAGAUGUUGAGGUCAAUGUGAAGAUUCAGUUCUUCAAGUGGGCUGGGAAGAGAAGGAACUUUGAGCAUGAUUUGACGACGUACAUGGCUUUGAUACGGUGUUUGGAUGAGCAUAAGCUGUUUGGUGAAAUGUGGAAGACGAUACAGGAGAUGGUGAAGAGCGCGUGGUGCGCGAUUGGUCCUACUGAGUUGUCUGAGGUUGUGAGAAUCUUGGGCAGGGCUAAGAUGGUUAACAAGGCGUUGUCUGUGUUUUAUCAGGUGAAGGCUCGAAAGUGCAGACCUACAGCUAGCACUUACAACUCUGUUAUUUUGAUGUUGAUGCAAGAGGGGCAUCUUGAGAAAGUUCACGAGCUGUAUAAUGAGAUGUGCACCGAGGGUCAUUGUUAUCCUGACACGGUCACGUAUAGUGCGCUUGUGUCAGCAUUUGCGAAGCUUAAUCGUGACGAUUCUGCUAUUAGGUUGUUUGAUGAGAUGAAGGAGAAUGGAUUGCAGCCCACAGAGAAAAUUUAUACGACGUUAAUGGGAAUAUACUUUAAGUUGGGUAGGGUUGAUGAAGCUCUGGGCCUAGUCCAUGAGAUGAGAAUGCGGCGGUGUUCCCCGACUGUAUUUACCUACACUGAAUUGAUAAGGGGUUUGGGAAAAUCUGGGAGGGUCGAAGACGCGUACAUGAUAUACAAGAAUAUGCUAAAAGAUGGUUGUAAACCUGAUGUUGUUCUGAUGAAUAAUUUGAUUAACAUUUUGGGUAGAUCAGAUCAUUUAAAAGAUGCUCUUCAGCUUUUUGAUGAAAUGAAAUUGCUGAAUUGCACACCCAAUGUGGUGACAUAUAAUACCAUCAUCAAAUCCUUAUUUGAGUCCAAAGCUCCUCCUUCUGAGGCUUCUUUAUGGUUUGAGAGGAUGAAAAAAGAUGGAGUUUCCCCCAGCUCAUUUACUUAUUCAAUUCUCAUUGAUGGUUUCUGCAAAACAAAUAGAGUUGAGAAGGCUUUGUUACUUCUUGAGGAGAUGGAUGAAAAAGGUUUUCCACCUUGUCCUGCUGCCUACUGCAGCCUAAUCAAUAGCCUUGGAAAAGCAAAGCGCUAUGAGGCUGCAAAUGAACUAUUCCAGGAAUUAAAAGAGAACUGUGGACGUUCAAGUGCUCGUGUGUAUGCUGUAAUGAUUAAGCAUUUUGGAAAGUGUGGGCGGUUUAAUGAAGCUGUCAAUCUUUUUAAUGAGAUGAAAAAACUUGGAUGCAUCCCUGAUGUCUAUGCUUAUAAUGCUCUCAUGACUGGGAUGGUAAGGGAAGACAUGAUGGAUGCCGCUUUUUCCUUGUUUAGAACCAUGGAAGAAAAUGGCUGUACCCCAGAUAUAAAUUCUCAUAACAUUAUCUUAAACGGCUUAGCUAGGACUGGUGGUCCAAAGCGUGCUAUGGAAAUGUUUACAAAAAUGAAGAGUUCUGCUAUUAAGCCAGAUGCGGUUUCUUACAACACAAUUCUUGGUUGUCUUAGCCGAGCAGGUCAGUUUGAAGAGGCUGCAAAACUUAUGAAGGAGAUGAGUUCAAAGGGAUUCCAGUAUGAUCUCAUCACCUACUCUUCAAUACUUGAGGCAGUUGGUAAGGUUGAUGAAGCAUGAGAAUCAUGAGAGCUUGCGGUUUACCUUUUGAGCGACUCUGGCAAUUCUAGUAAACAAUACCCUUGGCAUUACCUUCUGAAAAGCCCUCUUAUACAGGACAUGGAAGACCAAUUGAGAAGCAGGUCUAACGGUUGAGAACAUCCUCAAGCUCGGUUCACGUGAAGGUGAAGAAAUUUUCAAAUCUAGCUGUGGAGUGAUAGGUUUUACUGAUUCUUUUUGUUUCCUGAAGAAAUCGAGCACAUUAAGAUCCUGAUGGGGGAUCCUCAUGUUGUGUUGGUUGGUCUUCUUUUCCAGUAGCUAAAUCAGUUGGCUACAUAUAAUCAGGUACUUUGGUAUAUUCAACAUCAUUUGAUUUAUUAUACCAUUCUGAUUGUGCAAUAGGUACGUUUGUAUUGAUUGUACUGUGCUUGAAACGACCUGGCUGAUGAUGGCUAAACAGCUAUACCUUUUGUUCAGCCUAUUAUAUAAUUUUAGAUGGUGAAUUUUUUGUAAUGUUUACUAUUAUUUUUUAAAUUGAGAAGCCCCAACAAUGCUCGGGUAUUAGACCUCAUGUUGUGUUGGUUAGCCUUCUUCUUUUCCAGUGGCUAAAUCAGUCGGCUACAUAUAAACAGGUACUGUGGUAUAUUCAACAUCAUUUGAUUUAUUAUACCAUUCUGAUGUGAAAUUGUGCAAUAGAUAUGUUAGCUGCUGAUACAGCUAUAUUGCCAAAAAAAAUGCUACACGUUUGUAUUUAAUUAUUUAAUGUACUGUGCUUGAAACGACCUAUAGCUGAUGAUGGCUAGACAGCUAUACCUUGGGUGCUAAACAUUGUAUUCAGCCUAUUAUAUAAUUUUAGAUGGUGAAAUUUUUGUAAUUAUGUUUUUACUAUUAUUUUUUAAAUUGUGAUAGAUUAUAUUAA